UUGAACAUGGAGCUCAUACCUUCGAGAUACUGCGCCAUGGUAGACUGGCAAAAACAUGCAGAGUUCCAAUUUUGCAUGAGCUGCGGAUUCUGCAUAACAUCUACCGAUGUCUGGAGACUCGAAAGUGCAUUUGAGGACAUGUACCAGUCUCAACAGAGACAGCCAAGAGCGGACGAUACUUUUGCCCGGGUCGAGAUUGUUGCGACACCUACGGAUUAUCAUUACCUCCCGCUGGACCUCGAGCAAGGUCGACAGCUAAGAAUCUUGGUAUUAGGACCCGGCAGGUUCGAAGACGAUCUUCAUUGCGAUCUUGAACAUGCCAAUCUGCAGCAAGGUCCGCUUUAUGAUGCAUUGUCAUAUACUUGGGCCGAUCAAACUGGAGAUGACACGAGUUCACAGAAAAUACGCUGUGGACCAAAUGGCAAAGUCAUCCGUAUCACGAAGAAUUGUGAAGCGGCUCUUCGACGUAUGCGGAAAGUCGACACAGAGCGGCGCCUCUGGGUUGACUCGAUAUGCAUCAAUCAAUCAGAUUUCCGUGAGAGAAAUCACCAGGUUAAAAAUAUGAUUGCCACCUUUCGAAGUGCCCAGCGGGUACUCAUUUAUCUAGGGGAAGGAGAUACCAAGGUUCAUCGACUUUUAGAGUACAUGUCCAUAGACCAAGCUGGGACACUACCUGACUCUUCAGAUUUCCUCCUACUAUUCCAAAGUCGAUGGUUUUAUCGAGUCUGGGUUUUGCAAGAAAUUGCUGUGGCAAAUGAACUUCUGCUCACCUGCGGUUCUUUAACUAUUACUUGGAACGACUUUGUAAUAUAUGUCAAGCUCUUUCAAAGACUGGUCAGUGAAAGUGCUCGACAGAUAUUCCUGCCACCCGUUUUAAACUACGGAAUGCAAAUACUUAAGUUGAAAGCCGGGCAAUUAACUACGAAGUUUGACCUUCUAUCGAUGUUGCAAAUAUCACGAAGUUGCGCCUGCAAGGACCCCCGUGACAAAAUCUACGCCGUCAUGGGUCUCGUACAGGAAGGCUCUACUCCACCCAUACCCAUUGACUACUCGCCCGGCAUAUUAGUUGGCUCGGUAUAUCUUCAAGCGGCAGCGUGGCACAUUAUAAAGACAGGAUCAUUGCGAGUUCUCUCUCAUGUACAUGGCGAAUCAAAACUUGAUAUGGCGUCUUGGGUGCCUGAUUGGACGUUGGCGGGAUUGAAAAUGCUGCCGCCUGUUGUUCCCAAGAGCUCGUCGAUUAACUUAACACCAGUAGUGUUGUCCGAUGAAGAUGCCAUCCCUUCUUCGCGGCAGAAGAAGCUAAGAGUUACCGGUAGAAGGCUGGGAAAUGUAUGGCCAGAUGAAACGAUUUUCCGAACGUCUCCAGAUACAGAGCCAGAACCAGAGCCAGAGCCACGUGCUCUUGACCACACACGACGACAAGAUAUCUAUAAGUAUCCAAGCGACCUCCACGACACGCAACACCAUCGACGACGUAAUGAUUUCAAGUCGCUAAUCUAUCUUGACGAUCAGCCGCACCAUUGGUUAUUCAAACCCUCGCCCGUCAUAGGAAAUCGAUUAUGUGUUGGGCGCCAGUCAUUUUGGGACAAUCUCAGACUCCUCUCAAAGAAACCCCACCAGACCGACUCUCAAGAGCCUCGCAAUCAAACUCUCUUGCUCGAUAUCCCCGCAGCAUUUGGAGCUUUCUGCAACAACUGCUGGCGCAUGGAUUCGAUUUUCUGGCAGACGUUAAAAAUAGCAAGCCCUGCAUUCCGAACUGUUACUCCUAAGGAGCUCGGUUUCGGGGUACGGCAGAGAAAUAUGGCUUGUAUGUGCCUCACUCAGAAUGCGAAGAGAAGGAAGGUUAUCAGAGAGACCGAAGAUUUAAACAUGAUGCGUUCCCGCACGAACUCGAAGUUACAACCGCUUCCCGAAUGUUGGCAUUAUUGCGAGGAAGAACUCUCAUCCUUCCGGCAACACUUCCGCGAGUACGGGCACGGAAGACGCCUCUUUGGCACGGAGUAUUCAUUAGGCUUUGGGCCGGAAAAUAUUGAAGAGGGUGAUGAAGUGUGGCAGUUGGAUGGGGCUGACGUUCUUAUGGUGUUGAGGAGCGAUCCUACCAAACCUGAGGGAAAUUAUAAAGUGGUGGGUGAAUGCCAUCUUCAUGCUGCGGAGCGAAGAUAUGAUUGCUGUAUUUUGUGC